AAGUAAAGACAGACGUGUAUUAACGUCAAAACAGGCAGUCUUGUCACUGAUGCGAGUUGUGGUUUUGUUCCCAGUUUGUUACAGCUUUACAAGUCACUAAUGAAUUUAAAAGAGAAUGGCAUUCGACUUAAAGUUAGACUUGGAAAAUUAUCAGCAAUCGUCAAUGGCGGAUAGCGAAGCAGGCAUCUUGUCUUUCGACCAGGGAGGAGAGUGGGAUAUAAGCCUGUUUGAUGAACUGGGUAACCUGGGGGAUGCAGACGAGCUGCUGGAAGCCCUCGAGAGCGGCAGCUAUGCUAACGAAAAUCCAGAUCUGGAUUUUGAUAUCGACAUUCCUCCCUGGAAUGAAAUGGACACAAGCAGCACUAGUACAGAUGGUGAGGUGAGUGUGGACUCUCUGUCACCUGCCCACACUCUGAGCUCCGUCCCCUCUCCUGCUUCUGUGGAAACUUUGUCUCCGUCCUACUCACACGAUGAGGCUCUGUCUCCUCAGUCACAGCUGUCUCCAGUUUCAGUCUGCUCAGAGUCUAGUGGGUUUUCUGAAAUCUCUCCUCCACCCAAGAAAGUUGCAAAGAGAAGCACUCAGAGGACACAAGCAAAACAAGCUCAACCAGUCAAAAGGCAGAUUCAGAUUGGCCCAAAGUUCUCCAUCCAGCCCAAACCACUGAUCACAGCUGUGCCACUGGCUCCGGCAGCUGCAGCUUCUUUGCAGACCAAGACGAUCAUCCUCCAGCCCCUGCAGACCACCGUGCUGCCUGUGGUCAAACCUGCUCCGGUCACCAUCCAACCAGCGCCCCCUGCAGGUCGACCCAUCGUGUUGUCUCAGCCGAGCCCGUUACUGCAGAUCCAGACGCAGUGCGCUGUCCCUGGCGGUAUGGUGGCUAUGCCAACACUCAGCCAGGACAAGCACGUUCCUGUAGCUGCAGCCCCGCUGGUGUCUGUCCCACUUCGGACCCCUUCUUCAGAUGAAGACUCAAAGUUGUCCCAGAGGCAGCAGCGCAUGAUAAAGAACCGAGAGUCGGCAUCGCUCUCCCGGAAAAAGAAGAAAGAGUACCUCAUUUCCCUGGAAGCUCGCCUGAAAGUGGCGCUGACUGAGAACGAGGUGCUCAAGAGCGAGAAUGGCAACCUGAAGAGGCAGCUGGAGGGUCUGCUGAGUGAGAACACAGUACUAAAGGCGACAGCACCUAAGAGGAGAGCUGUGUGCCUCAUGGUAGUUGUGGUGUUCCUAGUGCUUAAUGUUGGACCGAUGAGUUUGUUUCAGGGUGGCUCCAACUCCAACCUGGAGGUUUACUCAUCACAGCAAAGUGGCAGACACCUGUUGGGUUUCUUACCAGAGGCGGAGUCCGAUGUGGUGAUGGGUCCCUGGCCCAGCAGCAGACCAUCUGAAAACCCAAACAGCGCUGAGGAUAAAGCCCUGAUGGUUGUGAAAAGUCCCAUCUUUCUCAGACCGCCUCCRCCCUGUCAGCCUUCAGUUAACAGGACCAAGUGUAUUGAGUUGGCACAUGAGUUGAGAGGAUGGAUUCAUCGUCAUGAAGUGCAGCAGAGCAAAACCAGGAGAACGAGCAACAACAACCUCAAACACAGAAGACACAUUUUGCAGAAAACAGAGAAAGAGGAGGCUGACAGGGCUCAAAUUGUGCCCGUCCCAUAUGUAGAGACGACUGAAAAAAAGACUCCAGGCAGCGAGCUGCAGGUGUACUACGCCCCUCAGCACACCUACGGUGACCUCUUCGAUGAGCUCAACCGUCGCGCCGACACUUUCUACGUGGUGUCUUUUCGCAGGGAUCAUCUUUUACUUCCUGCCACCAACCACAACAAAGGAAGCCGACCCAAGAUGUCUGUCGUGUUGCCAGCCAUGAACAUUAACGACAGCAUCAUCGAGGACAAAGAGUUUGAGGUGAUGAUGCAGAUCGACUGUGAGGUAACAGACACCAGGAUCCUCCAUAUCAGAUCCUCCAGCAUCCCACCUUUACUUCGGGUCAACCAAACAAACACGUUUUACCAGCGCUCCACGCCUGAUAACAAGGCUGCGCCUCCCGUCGGUGUCCUAAUGGGGUCUUCGUAAGGUCCCCAUCAAAUCCUGCCUUCUUCUUGAUGCCUCCUCAACAAAACUCAUGAAGGAAAACAAGAUUAGUAUUGAGUUUGCUCAUUUUUGGACAAAACAAUUCUUGUAAAUCUGCUGUAAUCCCACAGAUUGGAUCUGUUUAUGAUGGGAAUGAAUGUGCUUUGCAGAGCUGUAGUUACUUCUCAUCAAGGUCAGAUAGGGUCAGAGGAAAAGCAGCCUUUUUUUGUCCUGUACCCUGGACAUUAGACUAACAACAAUUAUACCAGUUAGUUUUAAGGAUUGCACCAAUCUAUGWAUGGUUCAUUCUUUGGUUUUUUUUUUUUGUUUCAAACAAAAUUGCGAAUAUGAAAAUCGUGUUUUUUCAUUUUUAAAAUCUAAACUUAUUAAAAAUCCASAGUGUUUGAAUUUUGCUUCAGAUAUCUAAAUCUAAAAUAAAAAUUGCAGUUGUUUUAAUAUGUAGCAACACAGGAAAUGACUUAAACCCCCAAAUAAGAAGAGUUUAUAGUGYCUGGAAGACUGUUAAAAAACGGAAAUCAUUCCUAAACAUGUUAACAGUGGCUGCACUCGAAACCCCGUUCUGCAUAACUUGGAAGAUUAAAGUAAUUUUGUCGACUUCCUCUAAAAAAACAAACAAAUGUAUCCAUGGUGAGAAGUGAAAUUGUAAUGUUCCAGAAGUUCAGGCCAUGAUUUCCAGCACUGCCAGAAGGUCCAAAAUAGGACACUUUGCUUUAAUAUUACUAUUUGCUUGUUUGUUUUCUACUAAACUUUAGAGUUAAAUAUAGAAAAAUAUAUUUAUAAUAUGAAGUUGCCUCUGGCAKAGUGAUUGCUGGAGAUUGGAGGAUUGGGUAAAGAAAACGGCUGGAUGAGAGGAUGUAUUGAAGCGCAACAUAGUUUGGAUUUUAAGUGUGGUCAUCUGUUUUUGUUUUUUUUUUAAUUACUGUAAGCCAUUUGUGUGUAGUAAGGAUGCAUUUUGAAAACUCAGGAAGUCCGGUAGUCCUAAAUAUACCAGGCUUUAACUUAAAUAUUCCGUGUGUUUUGGGGUCUUUGCACUGUGUCUUUCAUAUUGAUGCUAUCUAAAUAUUAUGAUGUAACAGUUCAUCUGUGUGGUCGAAGGAAACUUGCACAGUUUUUUGUGUUUGGCCAAAAUGAUGUUUUCGCCUAAUUUUCUCUUUUUUUUUUUUUUUUUUUUUUUUUUUGUGGGAAGUGUUUUAUUUUAAUUGUCAACACAAACCUCAAAGGCUUACUGUGUGUAAAAAAAUAUAUAAAUGGUUUUAUAUAAUGCAUUUCAGAUGUUGGUAAAUAAAGAUUUUUGUCUCUGUUUACCGGACUGACAUGGAGAAUUCUGAGCCAAGAAAACAAUUCAUAUUCUAUCAUAUAGAGAACACUUGUGAACAACCGAGCUGUUUGACAUAAAACCACUAGUGAAAAAACAAUUAACAGGCUGCAUUGUAAUUUAUUUGGUUCUUAGAAAUUCAAACUUACUAAACAGUGYUUAAAAAAGUUAAUUUUCAAAGCAGAAAUGAAGAUUUGUUUGAAAAUGCCCUAAAUGUGUGUUUUUGUUUUGUUUUUUUACUUUUUGGUUGUUUUAACUUUAAAGAAUGGGAUCAGGAGUAUCCUUAUUCAAGGCCAGUUUUGUAUAACGCCCAUAAGAUGCUCUUAAACUUUGUAGACAAGCUUUUGUUUCUUUGGGAUGGGGAGGGGGGAGUUUUGUCAGUUUUUUGCUUUGUUGUGUAUGGGCUCGUUAUCAMUUUGAAAAAUAUGUACCAGACAAAAGUUUGGUACCUACAAAAAAAUGCAAUUGUUUUUUAUGUUCUUUUAUGUGUUUUAAACCAAAAUAAACACUGGAUUUUCUUUAA